CCUUCCUCGUUCGUCGGUGGUGGUGUUGAGAACAAAAAUCGCUGUCCGAAUUCGGUCGAAAUUUGCAGUUGAAAACGGGUUUCCCCCUGGCCAAAUCGUCACCGGACCGUCAUCCCGGGGCCGGAAGUGUCCACGUCCGCGUUCAAGUGAAGCCAAGUGUCCCCGCGCGAGUUCAGUUACAAAAAUUACCCUCCAGUGCUCAACGCGAUUUCGAGAAAAGACCAUCCGCAGCAAAUUUCGACGUGCGCCUGUGUGUGUGUGUGUGUGUGGCGUGAGGCAACGGGGUUGCUUUGGUGGUGUAAGUGUGUUUGGGGCCAGGCCAGUGUUUUUCUGUUUUGACUUUUUCGACGUGCGGAUUUUGAGUCGAUUACGGAAGAGUCGUCGCAGGUUCGAGAGGGUUGCUUGCUGCUGCUGUUGCCUGAAUAUUGUGCAAAUAAAUAAGGGGGUGAUCUGUCCUCAGUGACUCUGAUUAGGUGUGUGAUUAAAUCGACCCUCCAACGACUGGCUGCUGCUGGUGGUGGACAGGUGUAUCCGGGUGCAGGAAGCCGUCGUUUAACCCAUCACACUGCCCAAACUUCCUCCGAAAGGACCUCCAAAGCUCGCGAGCGCGGAUCCAGCAACUCCUUCGAACCAAUUCCGGCCCAAAUCAUUUUCCGGAGAGGGAGCGAUUUUUCCAACCCAGAGAGAGAGAGAGAGAGAGGCCUGAGCAGCGACGGUGGCGUGACACAUCCGCGUCGACCGUGUGUGUGAGCGAGCGUGAAAAUUCGAAUGUGUAACAUCGAAACAGAAGCUGACGGAAGGAAAUUCGUGUGGUCCCUCCUCGCCCCAGACAGGUUACAGAUUUUGAGGAGCCCUUUGUGCAGGCAGAGUUCGCGCCGAGUGUGUCAUAAGUGCACUGCUCUAUUUUUAAGAGCAGAUCUGUGAAGAAAGGCCGAGACCGCUUUGGCAAUAUCGGAAAGACGGAAAGAAAGAGUCACUCGGAAUUCACUCUUCUUUUGUGACGUGAGCAGAAGUAGCAAAACAAUUCGGGGGUGUUUUUCACUACAGUGGUAACUGAGUGUGUGUGUGUGUGUGUGUGUGUGCGCGGGCUGAGACUUUUCCUUCAACCCCCUUGAAGUUCGUCCUUGCGUUGGAACACCGCACCAGGCUUUUUACCACCCUCCCGGAUUAGUGCGGCGAUGAGUGUGUGAAAGUUUGAAGGAUCGAAACUAGGCUAAGGCAGAACCAACCAGCCGAGGGUGGUCGUCGGUCAUCACCGGAGAGAAUAAAAAGAGAGGCCUCCGACGGAAAACACACACGGCACCGCGCCGCAGUGAAACGUCAAAAGAAGCCAAGAGGAAAAAAUCAAUGAUUCAGAACCAGUUGGUGGCGAGUGUCCGGUGCUGCAGCUGCUGCUGGAAACUCACCAGAAUCUCCCGAGGAAUCUCCCGCUGCUGCUAGGGGAAAAGCGCAAAAUCAUCAUCCGUACGCGAAAGCGAAACAAGUGUCUUGGUGUGUUGGUUUCGUAAAAAAACAGUUCUUCUUUUCUCGGGCAGAACUCCCGCACUAGUUUUGUUACACAUCCCUCGAAGUAAUUGCAAAGUGAGAGAUUGUUAAGCCCCCUCCCACCCCGCUGAAUCUCAGGUCAAGUUUGUCUCAGUUUUCCCCCCCGUGGAAAAUUAAAGGAAAAUUCACCAGAAAAGUGUGUGUUUAGUGUUAUAUAAGUGAAUCUGCUGCUGCUGGUGUCUCCGAGGGCAGUCAGCCAGGUGUGUGUGUGUGAAUGUGUGUCUCUGCCAAGUAACGAGCACGCGAGCAAAGAGAAUCCAGCGACAGCAAACGCCGUCGUCGAAACGUGCCGUCACUUUUUUUUUGCUGACCCCGCGGAGAACUAGAGAAAAGCCGUCAAACUGGAGCGACUUCCAGAAUAUCUGCGCGACACCGUGGACUGGUUUAUGGGAAAGGCCCGACGUAAGGAGCGAGACGGAGACGCGAAUCAGGCCGACACAAAGCUAUACCUGGAGGAGGGAGUGCUCGAGCGCAAAUUGCCCGAUGCCGAUCUGAGGUUACUGGUGGACCUGCCCGCCGGCCUAGACUAUAAUGAAUGGCUUGCCUCGCACACCUUGGCGCUCUUCGAGCACGUCAACCUAGUGUACGGAACGAUUAGCGAAUUCUGCACCACAUCCGGCUGUCCAGACAUGACCGGACCAGGAACUAGAAUGUAUCUGUGGUUCGACGAGAAGGGCAAGAAGACGCGCGUCGCCGCCCCCCAGUACAUCGACUACGUGAUGACGUUCACCCAGAAGACGGUCAGCGACGAGUCGAUAUUCCCCACCAAAUAUGCCAAUGAGUUUCCUAGUUCGUUCGAGAGUAUUGCUAGAAAAAUUUUACGUUUACUGUUCCAUGUGAUCGCGCACCUGUACGCGGCCCACUUCCGCGAGGUCGCCCUGCUCGGGCUGCACGCGCACCUCAACCUCACCUUCGCCCAUCUGACCGCGCUGCACAGGCGUUUCAACCUUAUAGAACCCAAAGAGACGGAAGUGUUGCGUGACCUGGAGAUCGCCCUACGCCUAACCGACGAUCCAGUACCUUCCGGUGCGACGUCCUCGUCGUCGUCGAGCACCACCAACACCACAACCACCACAAGCUCCGCGAGCACCAACCAGCAGCAGCAGCCCAACAGCAGCAGCAUCAGCAGCAGCAGUUGCGCGGCGAUGGCCACAACGACGACGACGACCGACAGCGGUUCCGCGACCUCGACGACCGCGUCCGACUCGUGCCUGCUGAGGACAGAUGCGGCGACCGAGCGGAUGAUGCUGGUGGAGAACAAUAAUAGCAGCACGUUCAUCGACGGCGAUGCGACGGCGCAACCGAUCUGCAAGCAGCCGCUAGAAUCGGGCAGUGUAAAUAAUAGUCAUAGUAACGCUACUAGUAGUAACAAAGAACAAAUGAUGCAGACGUGCGGUCCCGGGGGAACGGGCAGUACCGGGAGUAGCACCGGGAGUGUUGGGAUGAUUGGGUGUGGCGUUGGGUACAGCAGCAGCAGCGGAGCGGCCGGAAGUACGGCGGCACAGCAGCAGAGCAGCAACACCCAGACGACGGCAUAGUGGAUACGCUGGACGGCUAGUGUGGGCGCCGGGGCCGGGACCGUGUUCCUGCUGGGCGGGGCUGCGUGUUGUGGGGCAGCGCUGCCACCGCUCCAAACCAAUCUCUGACCAAAAUGUGAUUUAUCCUCCUCCCCUGCUCCUACAUCUCCCCAUUUCCCUCUUGCUGCCCCUCUGAACGGAGAGAAGAUCGUGGUGGCAGAAGACACACAAAGUUGUACUACAAGAAUCGAACAAAAGAAGGGAGAGCUCGUAACAAGCUAGAACAACCAACAAACACUAGGCAAAAAACACUCUGGUAACAAUAGCACACACACACAGGUUCGACGCGGCCAGCGCGCGCGCGCUCUGGUUCCGUCCGGCGGCGUAGAAUCCAAUUCCAAUUGAGCCGGAACCGGAACCGGCGACGACGCUGCGUCGUGGCCGCGAAACCCUUCACCUCACACACACACACGCAGCGACGACAGUAAACGUGUUGUGAACUCACGCGAGAAUGAAAAAAGUGUUUUUUUUUUUCGUUUAUUUUUUUGAUAGAAUUAAAUUGUGAUUCAGUAGCUAUGUUUUACUAUUACUACUACUACCUACUAUUAUUAUUUUUAAAUUAAUAAUUAUUAUCGUUGUUUAUUUAGUUUUUGCAGAGCGCGGUCGCAAGCAAAUUUUCCUCCCUUGAAAGAAGUGCGCGCGCUAGCAAAGAGAAAGCAAAAAAAUAUCGAGAAAGCAAAAAAAAGUUUCCUUUUGAUUAGUUUUAGAAGAAGCAAAAAAAAGUAGUAUGUAAACGAACCAACCAAUCCUGAAAGCGUGCGAAGAAUAGAGUGAGCUAGAAGUUUAGAGUCCCCCCGUUAGCGCCAGCCAGGAAACGAUAAAAAACAAAACGUGAUAUUCCCAACCUUUUUUCCUCUGUGCUGAACGCGUCCUUUCCGCAAACGCAAAUCUGAGCAGAGUUUGGUCCGGGGUCCGGGUGUUGGGACGUUUCGCCGGGGGUCAUUUCGUCGAAAUGCAAAAGAAAACAGUUUUUCAAAUUAAAUUUUAAAUUGACACAUGAAAUAACCGUACAGAAGAGCAAUUCGCUCUGAAAACAAGACAUUUAUUUUAUUUCUAUUUUUACUUCGGCUAAAACUUUGUAGGAGCCUUCCUUGUGGUCAAAGAUUACAUUUUGCAACUUUGGUUAGCUGGCCGUUCAUAAAUGAAUAUUUGAAAAUGUGUACUUUGGGAAGAAAUUGUUGACAAAGGCCAAACUUUAAAAAAAAAAAAACAAUUAAAAAAAUUUAAUAGAAGUUAAUGCAACAAGUUACAAAAUUAAGAGUUUUUCAGCACAAGUUUUUUUUUAACAAGUUGAAUCCAAUUUUUUUUUAUUCCGGAAAGUUGAUCUUUCAGCACUCAAAUGGAUGCUGAAAUAUACUUUUUGCAAUUCCGUCGUGAAACUACUUACUUUUCCUAUCAUUCUUGAACGAUGAAAUAGCCUACUUUUCUGUACCAAUAAUAACAGAAUCGAAUAGCAACACUUUUCAAAAUAAAUGCUGAAAAGUUCUACUUUUCAGCACUGAAAUGGGAGCUGAAAAGUUGAACUUUUCAGCACUUGUUUCGAAAAGUAUCACUUUUCAACAUUUUUUUGAUUUAAACGAUUUAUUGACAAAAUACAUGAAAAUUUAACUUAAAAUUUCACUCAAUGAGUGUUUUUCGGAAUUGCAAAAAAUGUUGUAUGGAACUCGUUGCAAAACUUGAUUUUGCCAGCACUCUUCGUAUUUAUCCAACUCGGUGAACCUCGUUGGAUAAAUGUACGACUCGUGCUGAAAAAAUCCUCUUUUUGCAGCUUGUUGCAUAAACUACAUUUUGCAAUUUCGUCGUGAAACUACUCACUUUUCCUGUCAUUCUUAAACGAUGAAAAAGCAAGCAACCAAAAACAACAGAAUCGAAUAGUAACACUUUUCAAAAUAAAUGCUGAAAAGUCCUACUUUUCAGCACUAAACAGGAUGCUGAAAAGUUGAACUUUUCAGCACUUGUUUCAAAAAGUAACACUUUUCAACAUUUUUGUGAUUUAAACGAUUCAUUGACAAAAUACAUGAAAAUUUGACUUAAAAUUUCACUCAAUAGGUGUUUUUCGGAAUUGCAAAAAAAAUGUUGUAUGGAACUCGUUGCGAAACUUGAUUUUUUCAGCACUCUUCGUAUUUAUCCAACUCGGUGAACCUCGUUGGAUAAAUGUACGACUCGUGCUGAAAAAAUCCUCUUUUUGCAACUUGUUGCAUAAACUACUAUUUCAGCACUGUUAUUUUUGGAGCUGAAAAGUAGGCCGUUUUGUCAUUUCGGAAUGACUAGAAAAGUAAGUAGUUUCACGACGGAAUUGAAAAAAUGCCUUUUUGUGAAAUUGAACAUAUUUUGUUUAAACUCAUAUUAAAAAAAAGAAAAGAAAAUCAUUUAGAAUACCAGUUCGAUUAUAACAAAAAAUAAAGCAAUAUGUUUAAAUUGGAUUUUGAAUUAAAAAGAAAAACACCUUUUUUAAGAAUGGUUCUAAACAAUUUUAGCCAAAUCAAAAGUCGAAAAUCUGAAUAUUAAAAUCGGUCGAUUUAGUCAAUUUGAUUCCAAAGAGUUAUUGCACUCAUUCAAACAUGAGCAGUUCUUUAAUAUUGUUUUUGAAGACUGUUCUACAAUGCUUGUUAUAAAUUACUUUUAUUAUUUUGAUUUUCAUUUUAUUUUAUUUUUUGCGAUGUCCAAAAUGUGGCCAGCGUCUUGAACAAUUAUUAGGUUAAAUAUGACAAUUUUGUUUUUUAUUUUCAGUGAGUUAAAUAAAAAAAAUAAAAAAAGUAUUUUUUGAAACAAAAUUCGUAUUUUAAAACGGGAUUAAAAAUAGUGUUUUUGAAUUGUUUAAGAAGAAGAAGUUUGCAAAGAAAAGUUUCUGAAAAUAAUUUGAUUUGUUCCAAGUCAAAUUAUUUUUAGAAAUUUUUUUGGAAACGCUUUUAAUUAUCAACAGAUGUUUAAAAAUCAUUGAAUUUUGAAAAUGUAUUUCUAUGAUUUAUUUCCUUUUUUCUAACAAGAGCAGCCUUUUUGUUUUUUUUAUUUUUGCAUUCUUGCAAACAAAAACCGUAAUUUUGUUUUUUUUCAUUUGUUCAAACAUGAGAUCUCUUUUCCAUUUCAAAAAAAAUUAAAAAGAAUGAGAUUGCUCAAGAUUAAUUUCUUCGAAGUUUUGUUUUUUAACAAACAUGAUCAGUAAUUUGAAAAAUAAUAUAGGGGUUCAAAAGAGUUUCUGUGAGAAAGAGAUAUGUUUGAAAACAAACAUUUUUUUUACCUUUUUAGAAAAUAAUUUUUCAUAAUUUUUGUCUAAUCUGAUUUAAUCUAAUCUAACACAAACGCAACCAGUCCGAUGAAAGCAUGCUGGAAAGUCUUGUGUUGAGAUUAUUCCCCAAUUACUUUCCUUAUCAACAUGAUUAAUUGCAGUUAAUUCGGAAUACCCGAAAAUGUAAUGCAAAAAUUAAAGCGGCCAGCCCUACUACGUUGUGUUUACCGCAUUUAGGAUUCUAUGAACGGAUCACAUUUCACAGAAUCUACAGGGGUAGAAGGAUGCGUGGACAUGCCGUACCAAACGCUCCAUUAUUUUUUACAUAAUUUUGUGAGUUUUAACAGGAUUUAACGUGCUGUUUCGUUUUUUUUUUAAUUAUUUUCAGGAAAAAUAUAAAAAUUAAGCCUUAAACGAGAUUCUUUCAUUAUUGAUUGUUCUUUGAAGAAUCUUUGUGGUAAAAUUAGUUAUCUAUGGGAUUGAUUUUAUCAAAUAAAUAAGCCUUCCUUCAACGCUCAAAAGGCUGACUGUUUGCGUUAUUUCUCACCAUAAAAACUAAAAGAUGCUUAAACAUUGAUUGUUUAAAUAAUCUUCAUAAAAUGUUUACGGGACAGGUCCGGAAUUGGCUCAAGAUUUGAGCUGUUACUGGAUUUACAUCCCGGACUUGUCUCCUUAAAAUUUCAAAAAUAUUGGUUUAAUGCAAUCCGAAGCGUCUUUAAUUAAAAAAAUAUGAAAAUUUAUAGGUUGAUCUUUUGCGUGCUUAAAAAUUGAAAAUAUGCAUACAAAGUUUAGUAUUUUUUUGCAAUUCUUAAAAAAAUACUGUGGAUUUAUUUAUUCUUUCAAAUACAAUAUGAUCAGUUUAUAAUUUUUAAAUAAUAAUUUAUUUGAACAUCGAGUAAGCAUUGCUGGAGCAACAUGACAUUGCUCUUAGGGCCUUUUAUCACACGUGUUUGAAUGGGAAGAAAGGCCGUAAGAGCAAUGUCGUACCGCCCCUUUCAAAUGUUGCUCCAGAUUUUAUCCUUUUUUUCGACCAUUUGUCCAUUUGUACUCUUGUCAUAUAUUCUAUAAAUUUUAGGCAAAUUUUUAAACGGUAUGUUGAGAAAAAAAAAUACAGUAAAAAACAGUUGUAUCAAUUCUGAUGCAAUUCGGUGAAACGUCAUUCGGCGAAAUGAACCAGAUCCGGCCUAGCCCAGCCCAAACCUCUUGCGAAACGUAAUAGAACUGUGUUCUUUUUUCAUUAGUUUCCUUUUACUUUUCUGGUUAACUGUUUAAACCCUUUCUUUCUUUGUUGAUCUAGUUUUUAGCUAUUGUUUCCCACCUGAUUUUUUCACUUUUGGCUGUUUCUCUAACUUUGUAAGGUAGCGUCUUUCAGUUAGCGUAGUUUCCCCCUCCAACCAAUACCAGAGAACGUACACAAAACUCACAAACAACACACACACACCACAACAACAGUAAAACAAUGGUCAGAAUUAUUGCGAAACCAACCACAACCACAACACAAAUAAGCAAACCCUUAAUAGGAAAAGUCGCACCCCCGCGAGCGCGCGCGCGCGCUCUGUUUGCGCGCAACAGCAGAACAAACAAGUUAAAUGCAAGAAGAAGAAAAAAACAAACCCUAGAAAUCUUAAUGAAAGAAUAGUAAACUUAAUGAAUUAAAGCAUAAUAUAAAACAAAUGAAGAAGGAAAAAAAGAGAGAAAAUUGUUGCUGCAAUUGAUACAUUAAAAGAGAAAAACAAAAAGAAGAAAAAAAAACAAGUAGAAGAGAACAUGAGGUCUAUAUAUUUAAUACAAAAAAGAAAAAUAAAAAUAAAGGAAAAAAUAUAUUAACAUA